AUGACUAUGUUGCGUAGGCUCUUGCGCAUUGCAGCAGUACUCCCCCUGCUGAGUGCGCGAGUGCGCAGCGAAAACGACAUUUCCGUGAAGGGCAGCCUAACGGUGGCGAACCUUAAAAUUUCGUCCAAAGGUAACAAAGAAAAUGGCAUCCUGUUUCAGAGUAAAGAAGUAGAAUACAAGAUGGGGUUGGAUCCUCUAGGGCAAUUCAUAAUAAGUAGGAAAAACAAACCAAUUAUAAGUAUUGAUGAGCAUGAUAAUAUGAACCUCUUGAACCAGGAUCUAGUUGUGAAGGCAUUAACCCUCGAUGGAACAUUUAAGGUGCGCCAUGUAAACCAAUUUCAAAUGAUUGUACACGAGUCAUUCAGUAGCAGUGCAAGUACGAGCGGAUGGUUAGGUGACAACUUCGAUAAUGCCACGUCUGUGUGUGGUGGAGUCAAUUUGUUAGGUGGAUAUGGAAAGCUGUCCAAGGGUAGGGUUCACAAAACAUUUGAAAAUAUCCCAAGUCACACCCAGAUUCGAAUUAAAGCAAAUUUUCAUUUCAUUGAUGAGUGGAAUUCUCAUACGGCUUAUUUAAAAGUUGGAAGGGAUGACCAGGAGGAUCUUUUCUAUGUGUGGACAGAUAGCCACUCUCAGGUGGCCCUUGAGAAUGCUGUGAAUAUUUGUGGCAAUGCCACUGGUGAGUCGAAAUUCAGCUCCGUGAUCGACGUGGUCAUACCGCACAACUCGAGCAAACUCAUCGUCGAGUUCGGCACAACCAUCCAGGUUGAUGACCCGAAGAGCGUUUCCUGGGGCGUCUCCAACUUCCAGCUGUUCAUCGUGUGA